AUGUUCCUGACUCCUCCAUAUGAGAUUCCUCGAAUCAGUCCGUUUGCAAGCAAUUACCAUGAGGAGUCAGGACGACACGUCAAGCUCAAUUACAGUGGGACUAUAGACCAAUGGAUGGAUGAGACAUACGAAUAUUCGAAUAGACACCCGUGGGAUUUGAGACAAGACACGGUCGACUACUCGGCAUAUCUCAAAGUAAAAAUCAAUGCUCGAGGAUACCGACCAGAAGACAUUAAAGUAUCAGCAUCGAGGAGCCGUAUUGUGGUGCAUGGACGCAACAGCAGGAGUACUACCAGAACGUGCGGCUCAUGCACAUUCUGUCGCACAGUGUAUUUACCACAGCCAGUGAAACCGGAUCAGUUGGAAUGUCACUUAACUUCGAAUGGCGUCCUGAUUUUAGAAACCCCGAUUGAUUUAUGGGGCCGUGAAUCACAGGCCUGUUAUGAAAAUACUCCAACGGAGGCUGAUCAGAACGACAACGAGCCACCAAUUUCUACAGUGAAAAAUGUCGCUGGACGGAAGAUGCUACGCUUGCGUGUUCCAAUCGAACCCGGUUUCACAAUCGACGAUUUGAGUGUGCGCGCUGACUCAACACAUGUUGUGGUAUCAGGACGGACUCGGGUGAUGGAGGGAUCUGUUUCCGCACACUGUUCCCAUUCGAAGGAAUUCAGCCGCACCUAUACGAUGCCGGAUACAGUAGAUCCGCUGUCGGCGGUCGCACGACUUUAUGGCGAGACCCUGGUUGUGGAAGCCACGAUACUCAAGUCAUCAUGA